CUUUCUUGUCGUUACUUUGUUUAUCCUACAAAGUCGAUGAUUGGUUCUGUGUAGAUCAUCUAAUUGAUUGCUUUCACUAGAGUUACAAUCACAGUUACGUUAAACAUACUGUGAGAUCCUCAGUGAUUGUCGAUAACUUAGGUGACCAGGUUGUUUUCUGUGCUGGAAACGGACCUAGCUUUACGGAUUAGGUUGUCUAGGUGUCUCCUGACUGCUCCCACUUGGAGUACAGGGCACAGGAGAAACCUUUCCUGGAUUGUUAUUUUCUUAUAGACCUCUUUGAAGUCGCUCCUUCCGCCUUUGGUGCAUGUAGUUCAGUGGAUUUUGGGCUUAUUUGGGAUGACUACACAUCGUCUCUGAAUUCUUGUUACAGCAUUAAGCCUGCUACUCAAAGUUAUUUUCGCUCCAGUUACAUGCAGCUUUCUCCGUUUUCAAUCAACAAUUUCUUUGUAAUUUUGCGACAGAUAACAUCAACUUCAGCUCAUAACAACAGUAACGCGUUUACAAAUUUCAUUCACUCGAGAUAUCAUGAGGUCAAGUCCGCAAAACCGGAGCUAUCAAAUUAUGAUGUGAUCAGAAAGUUAGCACAGUUGUACAAAUCACUUCCAGUUGAAGAGGUAGAAAAGUUGAAAUUAGAAGCGAAAGAACAUCAAUCUCAUGUCAAAAAAGCGACCAAGUUUGCUUAUCGUAAUGGAAUGCCAAAAAGUCCACCAAACUCUGGACUCAAAGUUUUCAUGAGAGAAAAACUAAAGGAUUCUAAGGGUACACCAGUGUCUCAAAUGCGAAAUGACUUUAAAGAUACUGUAAAACAAUGGAUGUCGCUGCCUGAAUCUGAUCAACUGAUAAUACCAUUUUUGCUGUUGGAUUCAAAAAUAUCUGGGAGUAUAGUUAUUCACUUUUUUGUAAAAAAAAGUGUUUGUGAGUUUUUCUUGUAACACGCAGUCAUCAGUUGAUACCAUGAGAAUUCUCAUAAUCCUUUUCUUUAGUUUAAAUAACUAUAAAGCCUUCCUUGUCAUAGCAGACAAUUAAGUUAAUGCAUGAAGUAUUUUUCAUCGUUAUUCUGUAUUUGAAAUGGUAAUGUUCUAGUAAUGUUUGUUAAAGUUGUUUUGACCAGUUCAUUGACUAAGCAUUUGUUUUGUCUCUAACAUUAAAUACUUUUAUCAGUGUCUAUGCGCACUCUUAUUAACCUCCGAUAGACUUCUUAUUGUUUGGGGGUGUAGCAUUAUGAAUUGAAUCCGAAAGUAGCAUAAUAAAUAUUGAAUUUUUCGGGGAAGUCUUAAGUGAUUUCUUGUAGCAGUAUGUGUCAUUGAAACGAUUACCAAAGAAGUACAUAAACCAGCUGAUUGCUUUUUAUACAAACCACUAUCCGUCAAGUCAGAAUUUAAGGCAAACUCCCAUUUGAAUUGGCUACAUCAAGUGGCGCUCGCUAAUUCUGCCCACUUCCCAUAUUUUCAGUUGAUUUUAUCAUUGUGUGGUGUAUGCUACUUAUGCUGACAGACAUAAGUAGUAUGUGCACCAAUCGAAAUCGGAAUGCCUGGCAGCAGAAGAUUGAAAUGAAGAGAACAAGAAGUAAAUCACUACAACAGAUGUGCUCAUAAAGAUAAUAUUUUCUCCUAAUUUCCUGAAUUCACCUUCUACCUAUAGCGAUGUUGAUCGACUUGAAAUACAUGGCUAAGGUAGCUAUGUCUGGCCUAGUCACUAACCAGGUACGAAGUCUUCUAAUCGCCCAUCGAUAUCCAAAACAUUGUUUCUGUUUUGUUUUGCUUCCUUUUUGUAAUUUGACCAUAGGGAGUGAAAUAGUUUAGUCAUAUCAAAACUCCAAUUAUUUCGGGAAUGACCAGUUUUAGAGGAUCAUCGUGUAGCAAAAUCUUGAUAUAUACCAAAGUGUGUUCAGGUUUGGUACGGACAAUAUAUCCACCUACUUAUCAAAAGGCGAGUAUACAGCCCACUAAUCCGUUCUCUAUUUUAUAGCUAUGAAACUUGGCUUCUGGAAGUUUAGGAUAUGUGUAAGUCUCAAGUAUUCGAUCUUACGUGUCUUCGAAGCAUUGCUCACAGCCAGUAAAAUCAUCGAGCGAAUGAUGUAGAAGAUAGGCUUAAGUUUCUAGAUAAAGGUGUAAAAGUUGGUUAAUGUGUUUGUGAAUCUUCAUUUGUUGAGGUUGUUAUGAUCUGUGUUAGAGAUACCUAGCUACUCGCUACAGUUAUGUAUAAUGAUAGUUUGCAUAGAAACAAGAAAGGCUUACUGUGAGUAAACUAACAUAUACCAUUACUUAAUAUUGUUGGUGAUCUUAUUCUGUCAAUCAGUCAUAAGCAGCGUACAGCCUUGCACAAAUGUGCAUCGACUGUUUCCAAGUCACAUCAACAUAGCGAGAUGAGAUUAUUAUUUUGAAUACCAAAGUAUUAGUGAUAGUAAAAAAGAUUAGGCAUUAAAAAUAAGGUUUAAGAAAAAGAAUGGAUUAGCAGAAUAAAUUGUAUAAAUAAUUUUGAAACUCAUGAUCCAAAGGACCAAAAAAGUAUGAAUUCAAGUUCAUGCGCUGCUGUUGCUUACUCUGUAAAUUUUCAUCCGACAUCAACCACUGAUCACGGUUAUCGCGCUUAAAUUAUUCACGUUGUCUUCACCUAUCUACAUGUCUCAAUCCAACGGUCAGGGAUUUUAUAUAUUGAUGCAGUAUCUCGAUUUCCCUCUUAGCUUACUUCCAACCCAGUUCCUGCUCCAGUUAACAUUAUCUGUCUAUGUAGGGGAUUGUCGAGCAUACGCAGUACGACCAACCACCUCAGUUAAUACAGGUUCGUAACCUUAUCAAUUAACUUGGGAUCUUUGACUACUAACCCGCACUUAACCUCAAUAUUGUUAACUUUGUUCCACCAGCAUACAUAAAUAAUCCCUCAAAGAUUCCUAUAAUCAAGUACCAGUGAUCCACUAAUAUAUCUCACUAUAAUAGACCAUGUUUCAUAACCCUAAAGUAAAACAGAAAACUACUGUUCAGUAUAGUUUCCCCUUCGUUGUCAGACAGAUGCCCCGCCUACAUCAGAGUUUAUUUAAUUUGGCACUAUCAAACGAACUUCCUGAUUCCUUGUCGGGGUUUCGUCAAUCGCUAACCUGACAAAGUUGAUGAAACUAUCAAGAUUUGUUGAUAAUCUACUGUCAUAAAUGUACGGUGUGAAUUCGCUUGUUUAGUAUACUGAACAUUCAACUAAGAAUAGUAUCUAUUUUGCUUGUUUUUUAUAAGUCAGGAUAUUAGAUUGACAGUGUGUAUGUAGUUCUUUAAUUUAAUUUUUUAUGGUUCGAAUCAUCCCAUUGUUGAUAUUUUCAACUGGAUUCCGAUCAGUCUUAGCUGGUAUAUGUUCCUUUUGUGCGAAUUGUUCUGAUAUUGGCAUUAUAAGAUUUUAUAGAAUAAAUGAAAUGUAACUGGCAGAGGGAUCUGGGACACUAAAUGGUAGAUACAUCUAUUUGACGAGUCCAAACUGGGAUGAAAUGCAUGUCCUAGAUUUUGGUACUAGUCAUGUUCCAUCAAGUUAAUCUUAUACAUAUACAUGUAUCGUUUUAAAUAUUCCAUACUGUUAUAUUUAUUCAAUUUUUAGGAGUAUAAUAACAUUGCAAAAGA